AUGAAAGUAGAGCAGAAGUAUCUUGCCAUUGAGAAGCUUUGCUUGGUGUUGUUCUUUUCCUGCAGCAAGCUUAGAUACUAUCUUUUUCCGACUACGGUGAAUGUGGUUUGCCAGACCGACGUCAUCAAGUACAUGCUCAUGCGCCCAAUUUCUAGGGGAAGGAUUGGAAAGUGGACUCUUGCUCUUACCAAGUUUGCUCUCCAGUAUGUGCCCCAGAAAGCAGUCAAGGGACAGGCGUUAGCAGACUUUCUUACGGAUCAUCCUCCCAUGGAGGUAGCAAGGGAUAUGAUGGAGGUACCCCUUGUCGGCCUGACGCCAUGGAAGCUUUUCUUCGACGGAUUCAAGAUCGAGCAGGCCGUCGGGGCAGGGGUUAUCCUGAGGUCACCAGAAGGGAUAGAGACUCAAGUGGCCUUUCGACUCGAUUUCUCUUGUUCCAACAACCAGGCCGAGUAUGAGGCCCUCAUACUAGGGAUGGGCCUGCUUCUCGACCUUAAGGCUGAUAUCGUGGAGAUCAUCGGAGGCUCGCAGUUGGAUGUGGUGGUUCGCCACAUCCCACGGUCAAAGAAUCAGGCCGCGAACGGGUUGGCCCAGGCGGUGUUUGGCAUUGGUCUGCCAGAGGGCAGUUUGGAAAAGACCAUCGUCAUCAAGAGGAAAACACAGUCUGCUAUUCACGAGGCUAGUUACCUGGAGGUCAACCACGUUGAAGACAUGCAGCUUGAUUGGCAAACGCCAAUCAUCCAGUAUUUGAGUAACCCUAGGCCAAAGUUUGACAAAAGGAUCAAGGACAAAGCCACGGGAUACGUGUUGAUUGGAGAAGACCUUUACAAGAAGGGUAAGGAUGACCUACUGCUCAAAUGUGUCAGCCUGAAUGAGGCAACACUGGUCAUGGCUAAAGUCCAUGAAGGCAUCUGUGGAGCGCACCAGGCUGGCCCUAAGAUGAGAUGGUUGAUUCGGCGUCAUGGGUAUUACUGGCCAACGAUGACAACAGACUAUGUCAAAUAUGCCAAAGGAUGUUGGGCAUGUCAGACCCAUGGACCAGUGCAGCGAUUACCAACAACGGAGUUUAAUCCAGUGGUCAAGCCAUGGCCAUUCAGGGGAUGGGCUAUGGACCUCAUAGGGAAGAUUACCCCAUCGGCUACGCGGGGGCAUUGCUUCAUUAUCGUGGCCACUGACUAUUUUACCAAGUGGGUUGAGGCCGUGCCAAUGAAGGGAGUCAGUCAGGCCGAGGUCAUCCAAUUCCUCAAGAGUCAUAUCAUUCACAGGUUUGGGCUUCCAGAGACUGUUAAGUGUGACAACGGGAGCGUUUUUGUUGGAGAUGAGGUGGUUGCGUUUGCGGCUGAAUUGGGAAUAACAUUCACCCAUUCCACCUCGUACUACGUGCAAGGCAAUGGACAGGCCGAGGCAAGUAACAAGAUUCUCAAAGGGUGUUUAGCAAAGGUUGUGGAUGACAACCCAUGA